AUUUCGAAUUUAAGUAUCUCGUGGUUUACACUUUACAUACAAUAAGCCAUAAGGUAUAUAAAUAAUUUGAGCUGGGUUUUAAUUUGAAAUAAUUUUUUAGUUAUUGUCGCAGAGUAUAAUAAUAAUAUUUCACAGUAUAGUAUGUGCUUUUACUGAAAUGAAAUUUAGCCAACAGUUCACGUAGUACCUGUUAAUUGCUAAUGUUAUCAUAUUAUAUUUUGUCUUGAUUUCAUUAACUUAGAAUAUGAAGUGCAGUAUUUGUACGAAAAAUCCGUCGAAAUACAAAUGUCCAAAGUGUAAAAUUGUCAAAUAUUGUUCGGUUGCGUGUUACCAAAAUCAUUCUUCGGAAGACUGUACGGCGAAUAUUCAAAAUAAUGCAACAGCUGAAAUGUCAAACAAUCAAUCUCUGCAUCCUACCGAAGACACAAUACCGCCAGAGAAAUUGAAUCUACUUUGUUAUGACAGUCGGCUAAGAAAAUUAUUAUCCGAUUCAUAUUUGCAAGACAUUUUGGCAAAGAUCGAUAACAGUUCUUGUCCUAAUGAUGAGCUGGAAAAAGCUAUGACCGAACCGGUAUUUGAAGAAUUCGCCAAACGAUGUCUGAAAAUAGUACAAGACGAAGAUAUAAGCUGAAUUUUAGAUAUUAAGAUUUUUUUUAAAGUAUUUUUAUUGUGCCUCCAUAUAAAUGUAUAUUCCCAAGUUGUUUUUUUUUUGUUUAACUACAAUAAAUAUUAACUUUUUUUUUAAUAAAUCUUAAUAAAACGUUCAAAAUUUAAAUUAAACACUUACUUCAGUACAAAUGUACUCUAAGUAUAACUAAACAAACAACAGGAAAUUCUUUUACCUAAUAACUAGGUAGGAACAUUUAAUAAAAUAUUAAAGACUUAAUUUAAGUUCUAAUUGAAAUUGAAAAUGACCAAAAUUAUGACAUUGAUCAGUUUGUAAAUCAUUUUCAAACCAUCGUACUUCUUGGUGGGAAUGUUAAAAUAAAAAAAAAUAAAAAUUUGUAAUCUGUUCUUUGUUUUUAAUAAGUAUAAAAUGUGUAUGUUAA